GUAAUGGCAAUGGAUUGGAGAGAAGAGUUGCACACAAUGCUUAUUGCAUUCGAGCGUCAAGCGAGACUCUCUCUGGCCAACAUAAAAGUGGCAUUUAAACGCAACGGUUUGUCAUUCAAUCCAAAGUUCAAGCAGUACUUUUUACAGGUGUCAAACACACGACUGGAACAAACCUAUGAUCAGUUCGAAUUAAAUUCUCAAUUGGAAGAUGACAUCUUUGACCAUACAAGCUCAAGUUCGUCACGGGCACGGGCAGCAAGCAGCACCGGAGCUGCCAUCGGUUCAACUCAUAUUAAAAAUGAACUGGAAAACAACACUCACAAUCUGAUCGAGAUCGAUGAUUCAAGCGAUGAAGAAGGUGCAACGGGACAAACGUACAUUUCCAAUGAAUCGGUUCAUGAUGCAACAGCUCCAAACAUUGUGUCUGUUGAGAGUUUGGGUGCAAAUACGCAUGACAAGGGCGGUCGAUUGAAGCAAAACAAAGAAAGUAGCCCAUGGACGAAAGGAGCAAGAACAGGAGCAAGUGGUAAAGAAAAGUGCAAUGGCUUUAGUAUUAUCAAGAAUGUGGCAACUACUGCAUGUAUAAAUGCCGAUGGUGCGGCGAACCGGGAUCAAACGAACAAUCCAAUGGUUGUUGAUGAAGGUCAACAUGUCAUGUUGAACGACAUUAAUGGAGAAAGCGGCGUUAACAAUGUAUUGAUUGCGGUUAAUGGUACGUCGAAAGAUGGGCAAAGAAAUUCCAAUGCGCAUCCAGCGGACAAAGGAUCACAAAUGAAGAAGAAGACAAUGGUUUCAAGUAAUCCACGACUUGCGUUGGAACAAUCGAAGCCGAAGAAGCGAUUCAGAUGCACUAUUUGUGAAUUUUCUAGCAAUAUGAAGGGAAAUCUCAACGUACACAUGCGGAGACACACGGGUGAAAAGCCAUAUCGAUGCGGUCGGUGUGGAAAAGGAUUCAUAAAUGCACAUGAAUUGAAUAUGCAUGCUGUAACUCACACCGAUGAUUUCCUGUUCCAUUGCAAAGGCUGUCUCGGAAGAUUUUCUCUGAAGACUGAACAAGAAGCCCAUGAAAAACGGUGCAAGUUACGUCGCUACGAAUGCCAUCUCUGCAAGAAGUUUGUCAGUUUUGGUAAAUCUAAUUUGAAAUUGCAUAUGCGAUCGCACACAGGUGAAAAACCGUUCCGUUGCGAAAUUUGCCUUAUGCGUUUUACAGUAAAAGGAAGUCUAAAAAAACAUUUAGACCACAUUCACGGUAAAGUCAAGUAA